CUCUAUAUAACCCUCAAACCCUGCCGAGGAUACACGCAUAAUUAGAUUCCCUUACUUUCAUUUUGGUUGAAGUUUCGAUUUUUUUCUCUUUGUUUCGAUCAGGUGUUUCUUACUGGUUUUGUUUUUGGGUUGUUGGGGGGAGGAGGAGACAAUUAGAAAUGGACUUAAUUCUUGUCCAUAAUUGAAUUAGAUUUGAAAGUUUUGCAUUUUGAAUAGGGAGGGAUUAGAGGGUAUGGUUUAAGAGAAUUGUUUCAUUGGAAACUGAUUUUGAAACGAAGAAGGGCGGGCCAGUUACAACGCGAAUAUUUGGGAUAAUGCCGGUAUCAGGAAAUGAAGAGAUGGGGGUGAAGCCCACUGUUGGGCAGUUUAGUGAAUAUAGUGCAGGAAUUCCAAUAAAGAAAAGGAGGUUUCCUUUUAUUUUGUCACCUUCUCAAUCAUCCGAAUAUACGGCUUCACUACCAACUGAGAAUGAACCAGAGCAGAAAGGAUUUUCUCGUCCUCUUCAGGGUUCAACUAUUUCAAAUGAUAGUGUUGUUGCUACGAGUUCAAACACCAGUGGUGUUGAAGGAAGUUUAUACACUGGUGGUGCUGCAGGGAGUUUAAAUGUUAGUGGUGUUGCUGUGAGUUUGAAUGCUGGUAGUGUUGGAGCAAGUUCUAAUGCUUCUUGUGUUGCAGUGAUUUCUACUGCUAGCAGUGUUACCACAGGUUAUAAUGCUAGUAGUGCUGUGGAAACAUCUAAUGCUAGUAGUGCUGCAGCAAGUUUUCCAAAUGUUACUAGUAUUGCAGCAAAUGUUUCCAGCUUUUCUGAUGCAUGUGAGAAGUCUAUAUGUGAGAAAGGGAAGAGAAGUUCUGAUGAUGCAAAUGGUAGCAUGGUGCAGGGUAAUAGCAACCUCCUUAUGGUAAAACUUGAAGAACAAAGCUUUGCAGAUCACUCUAGGUCUUUGGCUGACAUUGACAACAAAGGGAAGCUUGUGGCAACUGGAGAAUCCUACAAUAUCCCGAGAAAGAUAGCAAAUUCUGAGUUGGACUUAGUAGGUAAUGAUUCUCUUACCCUUAAUAUCGGGAAGGAUAUACAUAGCCAGCAAAAUAUAGAUGCAAUGUGUAGGUCGCAAUUAUCUACAGUUUCUGGGAACCCUGGAUUGGCAUUAGGUUUAAGGGAAUGUCUUUCAGCAAUGACUAGUGGAAAUAAUGAGCAUGGUUUUCAGAAUCAGGAAAAGGCAGAACCUGUUUCAUUGAAUUUAUCUUUAAUCAAAGGAGAAUGCAGUACUCAACUUAGUAUUGCUGAUGUCCUGCCUAAUAUUAAUGGUGCUAAUAUACUGACUGACAGAACAAAUUGGGAUUUGAAUACUACGAUGGAUUCUUGGGAAGGUACUGCUAGUGAUGAUGGUGCAAGUAAAAAAACUACUCAUACGGAUGAUAUAAAGCCGUUAAUCUACUCAGCUGGGAUGACUGCUACCAGUAUUCCUACAGAGCGGAAAGUACUUCAAGAGAUGGAGUGCAGAGCCAAUAUUGAAAUGUCUUCUAUGCUAUCUAGCCAGCAGUAUAGCACUGAGGAUUCACUUUGUUUGGGACUCACUAUGCCUUAUCUUCAAUUGAACUCCAAUGAAAAACCUUCUGGCUCAUCAGUUAAAGUGGAUUCGUGCGAAGUUGUUGCAAAUAUCAGCUCACCUGGAGAAUCAGUGACUGUCAGCAAGCUGAACAUGGUUAACUUAAAGCCUGUAAAAUCAGACUCAUUAGUUAAAGUGGAUUCGCGCGAAGUUGUUGCAAAUAUCAGCUCACCUGGAGAGUCAGUGACUGUCAGCAAGCUGAACAUGGUUAACUUAAAGCCUGUAAAAUCAGAACCACUUGAUGAGAGCAUCAAAACUAGUUCUGCUGGAGUCAAAGCCAAACCUAUGGGCUUGUUAAAUAUUACAAAGGUGAAGUGCGAAGUAGUUGAAAAGUGCAGCUCAGAAAGUUCAAAAUCUUCAACUCUCAGUACCUUAAAUUUAGUUAAUGUUAGAUCCAUAAAACCUGAACCAGUGCUUGAGGGUGACCAGGAAACACCAAAGAGAAUGGAAGGAUUAUUGAAUCAAUCAGUUGAUCCAAUGCUAUGUCCUCUGGAUACUACAACAGUACUUACUUCUACUAAUUUGUCAUUAAAUGGUGAUGCCUCAAGUCAUGUGGAACAUUUUGUUAAAGCCAAAGAAAUUGAGCCCAGCGGUGAGGGCCAGGUUGCUUCUAAAAUGAUUUCUUCUGCAGAACAUGAUGUUAAUGAAUUAAACAUUUCUGGUAAAAUAGAUAACUCUACUUCCCAAAAUAAGAAUGUUGAAGAUCCUGAUCAUUGCAGACUGAAAUUCAUGGAUGUACAACUGCCUGAUUCAAGGGGAACAAUUGAGGGUUCUGUAAGUGACGAGGAAAAGAUUAAUUUAUCAGGUGAUAUUCUAGAGGAUGAUUCAUGUGGCACUGAUUAUGAGUCAGGUGGCAAACGAGAGUUAGCUGCAGCUAUGGAUAUGGAACAUGAUGGCAGAACAGAUGGUGAAGUCGGAGAACCUGUAGAGAACACUGAGAUAGAAGUUCCAAUAUGUGAGAGGCGAGAGGCAGGAAAUGGAAAUAACGGUGAUGCUGGCUAUAGAAACUCAGAUAUUGUAGGGUUUGUUGGUGAUAGGAAUACAUCUUCAUCCUUUGUCAAAGAAAAGGAAACUCAAAGAGAAGACCCUGGUAAAACAAGUAACGAUAAUACUAAUGAAUGCAUUGACACAUCUGUCAAUAAGGAUUCCACUACAGAAGCUGAUAAAGAGGUUCGUUUGCAAGAAUCAUCUGUUGUUGAGAUGCCUUCCGGUCAAACUGACAAAAAGAGACUCGUUAAUGUCAUGCCAAGAAAAUCACUUGAUGUAUCAGAAAAGAAGGAUAUUGUUAAAGGGCAAGAGGGAGAGCUAUCAUCUGUCCAAGACCAUGAUACAAGCCAGGGAACUUCAGUGACCGUUGCUCAAGGUGCAGGUGAUGCUAAUAAACCUGAUUCAGAAGGAAAAAGCAAUUCGGUUUUACCUAAGGCAGAUGCAUUUUUAAAUGGUGAAGAUGCAGGUAAGGAUGUCAACAACGGAGGCAAUAGGAGUCGAAUUAUAAACUUAUCUCAAGCUUCUAAUCUGUCAUUUCGUGGUAGAACAAGAUCUAUUUCAGGCAGGACAAUGCAGUCUCAAGUUGGAAGAGGGAGACUGCUUGAUGUUGCCUUUGAAGGAGAUAAGUUUCAUUCUCGAGGGAGAGAUGAAGCUUAUGGUGACGGUUCACAUAGAUUCUCAAGAGAGAGGCAUCAUGAUCAGCCAUCUGGAAACAAUAGAAUAAGUUUUAUGCGUGGAAGAGGUAGGAUUUCCAGUCAGAUAGACACCCUACGUGGUGAUCGGGAUUCAGAAUGUAACUUUGCUUCAGAGUUUUAUAAUGGUCCUAUAGAAUCUUGUGUUGUCAGACAUAAAUAUGCAUCUGCUGUUUCUGAUGUUGAUCCUAACUUUAGUAGCUAUAAUAAUGGGCAAGAUGGUGCAUAUUUUGGUACUGGACGAGGUAAUAGAAAGAUCUUGAGUGAUCAUUCAUCAAUUUCCCCCCAUUUUCCUUCAGGGAGGCGGUCUCCUGGUGGAAGAGAUGGACCUGCUGUACGCAGGCUGCCAAUGGUUGGCAGGGUUCAAAGAAAUCUUAGUCCAAGUAGAUGCAUUGGUGAAGAUGGAUCUGAAGUUGUUGGACUGCGGCAUACGAGUGUUUUAGCUGAUAACCAUACAGACCCAAUGUUUGCGCGCUCCCAACCUUCAUUUGAGGGAUUCGAUGGUCCUUUUGUCAGGGGGAACAGGGAGUUUUCAUCUGUUCAGAGAAGGGGUCUUCCCCAAAUUUGUUCAAAGUCUCCGACCAGACCACGAACUCGUUCUCCUGGUCCAUGGUCUUCUCUGAGGGGAAGACCACCAAAUGGACUUGGAGGGCCUUUAGAAUUACCUCAUCGAAGAUCACCACCAAUUUACAAGACGGAGAGGAUAAUAUCACCUGAUCAUCCUUGUUUCGCUGGAGACAUGGUUCUUAGAUGGCAUGGAUCUCCUCCAUAUUUGUCUCGACCAUCUAAUGAUGUGAGGGAUCUGGAUCCUGGUCGACAUCCAAGGUCUGGCAUCCCUACUAGGAGCCCAUCUGGUCGGAUUGUACUUAGAAACAGUAGACGGUUGGAACUUGUAGAUCCUCGAGAAAGGAAUGAAGGUGAUAAUUAUUUUGGAAGGCCCUUGCCAUCUGGCAGGUUUCAUGAGCUUGGUACUGAUGGUAAUGCUGAUGAGAGGAGGUAUGGUGAUAGACGAGGGCCUGUUCGCCCUUUGAGGCCAACUUAUAGUGGUGCUGAUAGUGAGAAUUUCGAUCUUAAUGCUGAGGGUGGCCCUAGAUCCUUUAGGUACUGUCCACAAGAUGAUCUGGAGUUACAUGAAAGAGGAAAUAUGAGGGAAAGGGAAUUUGAUGGACAUAUAAAAAAUCCACCAGGAAAUCCUCCUAGGAGGACAAGAAACAUUGACGAGCAGGAGGGAAAUUUCAGGCAUGGCAGUCAGGUUUGGCAUGGCGAUGAAUUUGAUGAUACGUCACGAGUAAAGCGAAAACGAUUUUGAGUAGGUUUGUAUAUGCCAUUAGUCACUGUUAAUGGUGUAAAUUAUUGGAGCAGCAGGGCAGAGCCUGUUACAUUUACUGCAUGGUUGAGGAUACUGUGUUUAGUGCUUACCAUUCUUGACUAUUUUCUGCAUAUGCCAUGAUUCCUUGUUUAGGAUGUAAAAUGAAAUAUGGAAGCAACAGCUAGAAGAAUCAGCUGAUGGUAAUUUUUAGUGCAAUGGAAGCCUGUGUACUUUGCCUGAAGAACAAAUCUGUUUGACAGGUUUUGAUGAGACAACUCAAACCUUCUCUGUCACCCUAACUUGGUAUUUGCUGGUUAUUCCUUUGGGCAGACCUAUCUCUAGUGGGGAAAAGGCGAGUGGUUGCAUUUGAAAGAACAAAAGGAAGCAAAGCGAAUGAUCAAUUUAUCUAUUACUAUAUGAAUAAAUUCGCAUUUGUUUGUGCUUCGCAGCUGAUCAUCACUUUAAUUGCAAAAAUGGUAUGGCUUCAUGUGGUCUGGAUUGACUUUCUGUUUAUAAAUGCCAUCCCUGCAAGGUACCAGCAGUUAGGUGACACUGUUUGCAAGCCUUUUCAAGGGACAGUUGGAUAUCGCCCUGAAAAUUGAAAAUGCUGCAUUUUACUGCAAUAUCUUCCUUUACUGGUGCUUUAACUCUUAUUGCAUCUGAACAUAAUCCAAGUUGUGUGAUGAGAAUUAUUGGAUCUGGCCUCCGGUUUUGGUUCAGAGCAACCGGUUAUUCUGUGAACAUAAUCUAUUAUUCCAGAAGAAGCAAAUUCUGAACUUUUUUCACCGUCUUACCAUGAGAUGUGGAUCAGCUACAUCAGAUUUUACUUUCAUAGUCACACUGUGGUGGCUUCUGCAUUGAAUAUAUAUGUUUUUUGUGCUUCAAAUCAGUCAGGGUUACCACCAUCGUUGCGGAUAGGGAUCAGGUCUCAUUUGGUAUGCUGAUGUAUUGUUGAAUAUUGCAAUUUAUGGGUCUUAUUGUUGCUUUUGUUGUCACCUGUAUCCUUGAAAUUUAUUGGUUGAAAGUGAUGGUGGGUUUGAUUCUUCACAAUUAGGGGUCCAGUAAUAAAAUGCAUUUUCUGAUGCGGCGGAGACCCUUAAAUCGGAUUCUCAAAUGGGUCCUAAGCGUCUAAAUUUCCAGAAAAAAAAAAAGGCAACAUGGGUAGAAUUUGAUCAUUAUAUGAAAUGAAGCUGUGACAAUGCAUUGGAUGUUCUGUUGGGGAUGGUUUAACUGGCCUCCAUCAAGAAAAACAGUUUGGGAUUGAAGCUGGUAACACAAGGCAAUGAUGUUGAAAUAUUCUCAAGGCAUAGGCAUUCUGGGUAAUUGGUCUUCAAGGGGUAGGACAAAAAAAAAGAAGUAUAAA